UUGACCGCCAUUUUGUAAGACAUCCCGGAAGUGGUAUACAGAAGGUGAACUUAUAAACAAGUCUAGCUAGCAAACUACCUCAGAUAGCUAGCGUAUUUCUCUUUUCGAGUGUGGAGGAUAGUAAUAAUAUUUUUUGCCUAUUGAUUUUUGUAUAUGGUGUUUAAUAAUUACAGCUAACACCACGUAGAUUUGGUUACCGGAAUUUGAAGAGGAAACCAUAGCUAGUUACAUAGCUAGCAUUAUUUGUCUCGUAUGUUACUAGCGAGCUAGUUUGCAUCAAUAUCGCGACGAUUUCCACAGAUACAACAGCAAGCGUGCAGGUCUCCAAUGGCAGACGACUUUGAUAUCGAGGCGAUGCUUGAAGCGCCUUACAGGAAGACUUGCCUAAUGAUAUCUCAUCUCUACUUCCCUGAAUACACCUUUGAUUCCAGUGUGAAGUGUGAAAAAAGACGAGAUGUAAGACAGAGAUGGCAUCGCACUCACACAGUCCAACCGCACAAAUGGGGGAAGAUCUCACCGAAUGACCGCCUCCACUGUGGAAACCCGUUUAGCGACCAUGUCCUUAGCAGCAAGCUUUAGGUUUAAAAUAGCAGGUUACUGUCAGAUUCUAGAGCUGAGUCUCCAUUAAGCACCAUGGUCCUUUUGCUAUCAUGUAACCUGUUGCUCCUUUUUUGGGGGGGCAAAGAUUUGAUUUUAGGCGGCAGAGCACCAAGGUCAUCGCAGGCAACAUGAAAUGUAACUGUUUUUCUAAAUCAAUAUAUUCUGUAUUUUCUCUUGUCCCCCUCCCCCAUUCCCUUGACGACUUGCUAUGUAUCCUGUCCAUCCUCACGAUGUUCUUCUAUCAACCCUGCUUAGGGUGACAGCAAGUCCUAUAGUGCAAAUGGCUAUGAGGAGCACAGCAGGAAGAAAAGGCACAGUCGGAGUCGAAGCCCGAGUGCCGAACGCCGCAGGAGUAGGAGCAGAGAGCGCAAGAAGGGCAGAGACAAGCGUAAGAGCCGCAGCCGGGAGAAGAAGCGAUCACGUAGCAGAGAGCAGCACCCUUCUCGAAGUCAUGAAAGGCAUGGACGUUAUAGAGGUCACAAAAGCCCCCACCGCAAACGCUCUCGAAGCAAGAGCCCAUUUAAGAAAGAGAAGAGUCCAAUAAGGAAACCUAUUGAUAAUCUGAGUGCGGAGGAGAGAGAUGCCCGCACAGUAUUCUGCAUGCAGCUGGCUGCCAGAAUCAGACCCAGAGACCUGGAGGAAUUCUUCUCUGCUGUGGGCAAAGUGCGUGAUGUGAGGAUGAUUUCGGACAGAAACUCUCGCAGAUCUAAGGGUAUUGCAUAUAUUGAGUUUGUGGAGGCCACCUCCGUGCCCCUGGCUAUUGGACUGACGGGGCAGAGGUUGCUGGGAGUGCCGAUCAUUGUUCAGGCCUCGCAGGCUGAAAAAAACAGAGCAGCGGCGGCGGCAGCAGCCCUUAACUUGCAGAAAGGCAACGCGGGGCCAAUGCGGCUCUAUGUGGGUUCCCUGCACUUCAACAUCACCGAGGAAAUGCUCAGAGGCAUAUUCGAGCCAUUUGGGAGGAUUGAAAGCAUCCAGUUGAUCAUGGACAGCGAGACGGGCAGGUCAAAAGGUUAUGGCUUUAUAUCGUUUGCAGAUGCUGAAUGUGCCAAGAGGGCCCUAGAGCAGCUGAACGGUUUUGAGCUGGCUGGCCGGCCCAUGAAGGUGGGUCAUGUGACGGAGCGCUCAGAUGGCUCAUCAGCCAGCUCUUUCUUGGACAACGAUGAGCUGGAGAGAACAGGCAUCGACUUGGGCACCACGGGCCGCUUGCAGCUGAUGGCCCGACUUGCAGAAGGUACAGGGCUGCAGAUUCCUCCAGCCGCAAAGCACGCUCUGCAGAUGAGCGGCUCUAUCCCGUUUGGUAACCUUCCUGGAGUGAUCUCUGCACCAAGCAUGAACCAGGCCAUGAACCUCCCCACCCAACCCCUGGCAACUCACUGCCUACAGCUUUCCAACAUGUUCAGCCCACAGGGAGAAAACGAGCCUGGCUGGGAUAUAGAGAUUCAGGAUGAUGUCAUUGAAGAGUGCAAUAAACAUGGAGGCGUUGUUCAUAUAUAUGUAGACAAGAACUCCACUCAAGGUAACGUGUACGUGAAGUGUCCGUCUAUUCCGGCCGCCAUGGCUGCUGUCAGUGCCCUACAUGGACGCUGGUUCGCAGGCAAAAUGAUCACCGCUGCCUAUGUACCCCUCCCAACCUACCACAACCUGUUUCCUGACUCAGUCACAGCCAUACAGCUGCUGAGACCCACACGCCGGUGAUCCACACUUCUGCUGCACAGUCCAAUUCUUCUGACUUCUCUCGGUCUCUGCAUAACCCGGAGAUGCAAACAUCAGCCUGUCCUUUUUAGGACAGCUGCUGUCUGUCCCUGGAGGUCCAUAGCACAUUCUAGAUCUCAGAGGUGCACUGUUGCCUGAGGAUGUAGAUAAAAGCUGGCUGGACUAGGUUAGCAAAAAAAAAAAAAAUGUUGAUGAUGAUGAUAAUAAAGGCCCUGGGCAGUCAACCUGGUUGUAUUCAGCUGUCUGGGAUCACUUUGUUUUUAGCUUUUUUGUAAUCACACUUUCAUUUUGUAAAGAACUCUGCAAUUAAAAUGGCUUUAAAAAUAA